AUGCACGCCUCCGGCGCGGUGAUGCCCUCUCCGUCCUCGAUGGGAUUCCGCGGCGGCGGCGGCCCGGAGUGGGUUCUCACGGACAGCGCGUUUCACAUCGGGUACCGCGCGUGCGACGCGCUCGUUCGAUGCGCGGCGUCCAACCCGGGCGUCUUCGCCGGCGUGGAGGUCUGCGCGUACGGCGACUUCAUGCAGUGUUUAGGCACCGACCCGGACGACUCGUACCGCGCGCGCAUCGAUCACGUCGCGUCGAUCGCGUCCGGGGUUACCGGGACGGUCGCCGCCGCCGCCGCCGCCGACGGCGGCGGCGUUCAGGCGACGCGGCUGCGCGCGGCGCGGGAGGCGCUCGCGAAGACGCUGAAGGGCGCGCCGUUGCUCGUCGUGCCCGUGCUUCCUUCGCGGUUCGUGCACGUGGGGACGCUUCCGGAGCUUUUGCACCACUCUGUUGCGGACGGGGACGUCCUCGCGGCGCUCCCCGCCGCGCAUCAGGGCGUGAGCUUGGGGACGUGGGACGUCGCGAUGAUGAACGGCAUCGGCGGCGGGGGCGGCGGCGGCGGCGGCGGCGGACGAAAAGUCAGUCGUCUCUCCGUCGGCGCCGACGGCGUCUGGGGCGCGGGAAAAGGCGCGGGCCCGAGCGCGUGCGAGCUCGCGUCGUUCGUGUCUCGGGGCGCGAGGAUAGGCCCGAAAUCUCUCGUCGCGCACUGCGACGUCGGCGCGCUCGCGACGAUCGGCGCGGGGUGUUUACUCCACGACGUGGACGUGCCCCGAGGCGCCGUCGUGCCAAACGGAUGUUUUCUUCACGCGGUUCCUCUUCGCGCGGCGGCGGCGACCGGCGCGGGGAUCGAGGUCGCUCCCGGGACUUUCGGCGACGACGGCGCCGGCGCGAGCUGCUGGACGUGCAUCGUCCUCGACGUCCACGACGAGGUGAAAAAACCCGGGAAGAGCACGCUGUGCGGCGUCCCCGUCGUCGACGCGGCGUCGCGGCUCGGGUUAGACCCCGGCCCCGGCGCGUCCGUGUGGACCGAGGACGAGCCGCGGACGACGACGACCGCGAGGGUGUUCCCGGUCUGCGCGUCCGCGAUGGAGGCCACGGAGGCGGCGUUGAGGGUCUGGGGGACGAUCAAAGGCGGCGGCGCGAGCGAGGGGACGGCGCCGGACGUCGCGACGCUGCGCGUGUCCAUCGGCGAGGCGUUGCGGACGCUCGCGGAUCACGCCGCGGCGGCGGGUCGACGCGACCGCCUCCGCGCACGCGUCGUCGGCGCGGCGAUACGUCAGAUGCUGACCCGGGACACGCCGGUGGAGCGGUGGAUCGAGCGCGCGCCGCCGUUGCGCGCCGUGAGGGCGGAGAUGGACGGGAGCGACGUCGACGCCGCGGUGAGACGCGCGUUGGCGCUGACGAGGUCGGCGGUGGAUCCCAACAGAGCGUCGGCGGCGGCGGCGGCGGCGACGGCGGCGGCCGGAAACGACGGCGGCGAGCGCUUGGACCGACAGACCGUCCUCGACGCGUCGCGCGUCGCGCUCGCGCUCGCCGCCGGCGACGACGUCGACCCCGCCGCGAAAGCCGCGGCGGAGGGCGCGGCGGCGAGGUUCCUCCGCGCGGCGGUGUGCGCGCCGUUCGCGUCGAGCGGCGUGCUCUUCGGGAGAGGGGGCGUGGACGCGUCCGCGGCGCGCGAGCUGCCGCCGCCGCCGACGACGACCGCGAUCUCCAGCGGGCGAGCCGCGCACGGGGUGAGAGUGGAGUACCCCGCGCGAUUGAACCUCGCGGGCGGGUGGACGGACACGCCGCCGUAUUCCCUGGAACGGAACGGCGCUGUGCUUCACGUCGCGGUGCUCACCGCCGCCGCCGCCGCGCCCGCCGCCGCGCCCGCCGCCGCCGCCGCGCCCGCGGAGACGGCCGCGGGGUCUGAGGAGCCGACGGCGGACGUGAACGCGGACGCGGACGCGACGGCGACGGACGCCGCGAAGAUCGACGCGGACGCGGACGGCGGCGUGGUCGGAAGGCCGAUCCGCGUCGUCGCCGCGAGGCUCCCCGGGAAACCCGGGAUCGUUCGAUUCACGACCGAGCCCGGGCUCGGGGACGGCUCGGAGGGACCGUCCAGCGAGGAGAUCCGCACCGUGGACGCGCUCUUGGAACACGACGACCCGACGUUACCGUUCGCGCUGCACCGCGCGUGCGUCGCGCUCGCGCUCGUGCCCCACGACGCGGCCGCGGGAAGAAUCGACGACGCGACGACGACGACGACGACGACGACGACGCGGCGGAAAAAACCAAAGCUCGCGUCCGUGAUCGACGGGUUCCUCGGCGCUUCCGGGUUCGGCUUGGAGAUCCGCACGCGCGUGGACCUCCCGCGCGGGUCCGGGCUCGGAACCUCGUCGAUCCUCGCCCUCGCGGUGAUGCACGCGCUGCACGAGCUCAGCACCGGGUGCGAGUGGAAGCCGAACGGGAGGGAGGACGACGAGGACGACGAGAGCGACGCGUUUUUAGCCUCCGUGUUCGCGGCGACGACGGCGACGACGACGUCGACGACGGCGACGACGGCGACGACGACGUCGACGACGGCGGCGGCGGCGGAGACGAGACCGCGGUGGGCGGGGCGGUCCGUCCUCGUGUCCCCGCCCUCGGGGUCUUCGCCGGGGGAGACCUCCAUAGAGUCGUACGUCGAAGCGAGCGACGAGCCGGACGAGUCGGACGCGUUCUUGAUGAGCGUCCUCGGCGGCGCCGGUCGUCCCGUCGUCGAGUGGCCGGCGUCGAGGGUCGCGUUCAACGCCGUCCUCGCCGUCGAGGCGAUGAUGACGACGGGCGGCGGGUGGCAGGACCAGGUCGGCGGCGCGAUGGAGGGCGCGCGACUGUCCACGUCCACGCCCGGGGCGGCGCGCGGGAUAGACGCGUUGGAUUCACUCCCACAGUACGAGUCGCGGGUCGCGUCGACGCCGGCGGCGUGCGCGGCGUUUGUCUCGCGUCGCGUCGUCGUCGUCUUCACCGGGGCGGUGCGUCUCGCGAAGGCGGUCACCUCGAGCGUCGUCGACGGUUGGCGGCGGCGCGCCGUGGACGUGGAGGCGUGCCUGAAAGCCUGCGUCGCGAUCGCCGGGGAGAUGGCGUCGUCGUUGGACGCUCUCGGGGCGCUGCCGUCGUCGUCGUUCGUCGGCGCGGGGUCCGAGGCGGCGAACGCGGGGAUCGAAAAACUCGCCGACGCGUUGGAGCGGCAUAAAAAAAUCCAAGAGAAGCUCUGGCCCGCGAUCACGUCCGCGCCGGUGAAAGCGCUGUACGACGCGAUCGCGCCGCUGUGCCUGGGCUCGCACAUCUGCGGCGCCGGGAACGGCGGGCACGUCAUCGCGUUUCUGCGACCGGGGGCGUCGGCGUCGGCGGCGGCGGCGGCGGCGGCGGCGUGCGCCGAGGCUCCGAACGCACGGGUCGUUCGCGUAGAGAUGUUGCUCGGCGGCGGCGGCGGCGGCGGCGUGGGCGGUGCGGGCGGGAAAUCGAUGGCAGGGGAUGUGGACGUGGGGUUGGGGGGGGUAGACGGCGGCGAGAACGAGCCCGGAGCGGCGAACAAACGGCGGCGGGUGGGCUAG